AUGACAGAACGAUCCGGCCAGACCCCAGACCCAGCAGAGAGUCGCCCUGCCACACCCAAGGAACGCUUGGAUGCUGUCGAGGGCUACCUGCAUCAUCUGGGACAACAGAUGAGCGAGUCCGCAAGCGGUUGGAAUGACAUAGCCCUGCGUGGCGUGUUCCUGUUUGGGCUACGUCUGGAGCUCCAGGCUGAACUGGUGCGCCGAGAGGAUAUAAGGACGCUGGAUGACCUGAUAUCCCAAGCGGUUCGGCUGGACAACCGCACUCGGGAGGUCUGCCCUGGUGUCCCAAUUGGCCAAAAGACAUGGCCCGCCAGUGAAAGUAGGGGCCUCCUGGCGAGUCAGGAGGACCAAAGUCCCCUUAAGAAGCUUUUGUUGCCUGUCACCUUGUCGUGGGGGUCAGUGGAGGUGCAAUUCAAGGCUCUGGUGGACUCGGGAGCUGAAGGGAAUUUCAUCUCGGAGGGGCUGGCGCGGAGGCUGGGGGUUGACGUCGACGGGGAGGAGAUAAGUUUCCUUAUUCUACCCCAGUCUAUGGAUGAGGUGAUCCCCGGGUACCCCUGGCUGCAGCUCCACGACCCUCUCAGCUCCUGGACCGGCGGAAGGGUGAUCUCCUGGAGUACUCGCUGCCUGGCCAACUGCCUCCGGUUGGCGGCCUGUUCUCAAUCUCUGCCCAUCCGUCAGCUCACCGUGGAGGCUGCUGAUCUCUCCCUGGUGCCUCCGGUUUUCCGUGACCUGGCUCCUGUGUUCAGUAAAACCAAGGCCUUGUUUUUACCCCCUCACAGGCCCUACGACUGUGCCAUUGAACUGGUGAAGGGGGCGACCUUGCCGUCGGGGAGACUUUACAGCCUGUCGGGUCCUGAGAGGGAGGCCAUGGAGGCCUACAUCAAGGAUGCCCUGAAGGCCGGGAUCAUCCGACCCUCCUCGUCGCCUCUCGGGGCAGGCUUCUUCUUCGUCAGUAAGAAGGAUGGCUCUCUUCGCCCGUGCAUCUAUUACAGGCAGCUCAACAACAUCACGGUCAUGGACAAAUACUCGUUGCCGCUGGCUUUCGAGCUGUUGCAGGGAUCCACCAUCUUUACCAAGCUGGACUUGCGCAAUGCAUACCACCUGGUCAGCAUUCGUGAGGGGGACGAGUGGCUGACGGGAUUCAAGACUCCGGUGGGGCACUUUGAGUACCUGGUCAUGCCCUUCGGUCUCACCAAUGCCCCAACAGUGUUCCAACGUCUGAUUAAUGAUGUGUUGAGAGACUUCCUGAACACUUUUGUUUUUGUGUACAUUGACGACAUCCUGGUGUUCUUUAGAUCUAAGGAGGACCAUGUCAACCACGUCUGGCAGGUGCUACAGAGGCUCCUGGAAAACCAGCUGUAUGUCAAGGCAGAGAAAUGUGAAUUCUUCUCUGUCUCCACUUCAUACCUGGGGUUCACCAUUGCGGAGGGCUCGAUCCAGGCGGAUCCAGCUAAGGUCAAGGCAGUGAUGGACUGGCCUGUCCCCCUGAACCGCAAGCAACUGCAACGCCUCCUGGGCUUUGCAAACUUUUAUAGGCACUUCAUCAGAGGCUACAGCCAGGUGGCACGUCCCCUCACCCUGCUCACGUCCACAAAGUCCCGCUUCGCCUGGUCUGAGGAGGCUGGGAAGACCUUCGCCAGACUCAAGGAGCGCUUCGGCAGUGCCCCCAUCCUGAGACAGGUGGACCCGGCCCAGCAACUCAUUGUGGAGGUGGAUGCUUCUGACGCUGGAGUCGGCGCUGUCCUUUCGCAAAGGUCAUUGGACGACGGUAAGGUCCACCCCUGUGCUAUUUUUUCGAAGCGCCUGUCUCCCGCAGAGAGGAACUACAGCGUGGGGGACCGGGAGCUGCUGGCGGUCAAGUUGGCCCUGGAGGAAUGGCGGCACUGGCUGGAGGGGGCGAGGCAGCCGUUUGUGGUUUGGACUGACCACAAGACUUCCGGGCGGACUGUCGAUCACAGCGCGUUAGCCGGCUUAGCUCGGUCGGCUAACUCAGCUGUCAGGCACGACACUCCAGUCAACAUCGGUCUGCUAAACAUCCGCUCACUCACGAGCAAGGGACAUCUCAUCCAGGACAUCCUCACCGACCGUCAAGAGUCUGGGUGUCAUCCUGGACAGCACUCUCUCCUUCCAGUCUCACAUAAAUUGCAUUACUCGGUCUGCUUACUUUCACCUCCGCAAUAUCAAUCACCUCCGUCCCUCCCUCACUCCUCACGCUGCCUCCAUCCUUCUGGUGGCUCAAUCUGGGCGGAUCCUGGUAAAUAUGCCUUGAUUGGAGCUGCAGCUCAGUUAGGUGGCAUCGUGAGAAUGACCCUCAGUUUGACUGUCAUCAUGGUGGAGGCGACGGGGAACGUGACCUACGGCCUUCCCAUCAUGCUCGUCCUCAUGACCGCAAAAAUCGUCGGAGACUACUUUCAAGAGGGCUUGUAUGACAUCCACAUCAAGCUGCAGAGCGUUCCCUUCCUGCACUGGGAGGCUCCUGCCACCUCCCACUGGCUCACUGCCAGAGAGGUGAUGAGUUCUCCGGUCACCUGCUUGAACCGACUGGAGAAAGUCGGAACCAUCGUGGACAUACUGAGCAACACGUCGACCAAUCACAAUGGCUUCCCCGUGGUCGAGCUGGUUACAGAAAAUGACGAGGGUGGCAAUCCGGCAAAACUCUGCGGCCUCAUCCUCCGGUCUCAGCUCAUCGUUCUGCUUAAGCACAAGGUGUUUGUGGAGCUGGCCCGGUCUCGCCUGACUCACAGGAAGCUUCAGCUGAAAGACUUCAGGGACGCCUACCCCCGCUUCCCCCCGAUCCAGAGCAUCCACGUGUCUCAGGACGAGCGGGAGUGCAUGAUGGACCUGAGGGAGUUCAUGAACCCGACGCCUUACACCGUACCGCAGGAUACGUCUCUGCCUCGUGUGUUCAAGCUGUUCAGAGCCCUGGGACUCAGACACCUGGUGGUCGUGGAUGACGAGAACAGGGUGAUCGGACUGGUCACCAGGAAAGAUCUGGCCAGGUAUCACCUGGGCAAACACGGACUGGAGGAGCUGCAGCUGGCUCAGACGUAGUCCGGAAACACAGACUGUGACCGCCCGAUGCCUCACAAACUGUCCUUCACCAGCUAUGCAGCCUCGCAGGACACCCCCAAGGUCCCAGAGGUCUCUGCUCUGCUCGCUCUGAGUGAGAUUACUACUCCAAAAGGACCUCUAUAACUUUUUACUAUUAUUGACCAGCUUACCUUAAAGUAAUGGAUUAGAGGGUCAUGGUAGCUUUUACGACAGUUUUACAGACCUUCCCUUCAUUUUCUUUUCGGCAUGUAAAGCUAGGAAUCCCUGAAAGUGAAAUCCUCUUUUCCCAGUUGUUCAACAGAACAAUUUCUGCCCUGUUU